AUGCGGUUAAGCGAGCUUCGAUGCCGCCACGUGUGCAUUUUUGUGCAUACAAAUACAGAAGCCCACAUAUUUCAGCCCAGCUUCUGCCCCGUGCCCACAUUUGAGCCCCCCUCGUCUGAACUGCACAUCAAGCCUCCUCGUUCGGCAGGAUUUGUUGCCCAGACGUCAUGCCAGGAGCCAGCUGAAACGAGACGCUUUUCACUUCACAAAAACACCGAUUUUCUCCUCGACCGACUCGAGUCACUUUCGCCCCGGCCCAGCGCGACUGUCAAGAUUGUGACAGGUCUGCUGCCUCACGAGGCCUCUGGACCGGAGGUACAGCUUCAGCCGACUGAGGCAGUCGAAAUCCACUUCCGCCCGACACCGAAUCCCUCCACUCGACGGGAGAGCACUGCUCGGACGGCCAAAGUGGCCGCAGAAGGGAGGUCAAAUCUGGCUCCCUCGGUCCGACCAUUAGACGACCGAGUCACAAGGCAGAAUUGGGACAAUGGCAAACACAUGUAA